AGCGAGCGUCAGAAUGUAAGGUUCUGUCGAUUGCUCAAGAGCGAAAAGGAAGACGAAGACUUUGAGUGGGCGUAUACACUUCACAGCGAGCAGCGUCAAUUAACGUUGGGAUUUGAUAGGGAAAGCAAAGACAACAGCCCUGCUGCAGUAAAGAAAGAAAUCGAGAGAGAGAUUGAUGAAGUUCUAUUAAAUGGGGAACUCAGUGACGAAGUUUGUGAAGCACGCAAACGUAAACGUGAUCAAGAUAUGGACGAUGAGGCCUAUACUCGCGAUGAACCGUCUCUUUGUACACUGACAGAACAGCAAGAGUCGUUGGCAAGGCGUACGAUCAUUCUGUCAACGAUUUUAAGAAACCUGUCGUUUGUGCCUGGCAAUGAACAAGAACUCGCGCGUCAUCCUGGCACAAUGGUCAUUUUGGGUCGAAUGCUACUCUUAAAUCAUAAGCACAAUGCGCGCAAACCUCGGUCUGGUCAUUCAAAAGAAGACUCGCUUCGAGAAGGAGCCGAAACAACGGCAAAUAAAGCUGAUUCCGAGAGCUGUUUUGACGAUGUGAAGGAGCAAACAGCGAAUACCAGUUCCACUUCAAACGGGACCAACAACGACGGCAUGGAGCAGUGCUGCUCGCUCACAGCCGAAGACGAGUGGUGGUGGGAGCAUUUAGCUGUAUUGCGUGAGAACACGAUGGUCACUCUGGCCAACAUCUCGACGCACCUGGACCUUAGCAUCUAUGCCGAGGAGAUCUCACUACCUAUUACUGACGGCUUACUGCAUUGGGCUGUAUGUGAGUCGGCUGUCGCGCAAGAUCCAUUACCGGGUUGCUCGGCCGCUUCGGCGACGUCCCUUCAGCGACUGGCCGUAGAAGCGCUUUGCAAGCUAUCAGUGCAGGAAUCUAACGUUGAUUUAUUACUAGCUACACCACCUUGGCCAAGAUUGGCUCGUCUGCUUGGUCAAUUGUCGCGUUGGUUAGCCCGCGGCGAAGAGCAAGUUUUGCGCGAGUUCUCGGUCGUGCUACUGUCGAAUUUGGCGCCCGCCGAAAGCUACGUCGCUCGAGCCAUCGCCAUCUCAGGCGGGACCGGUGGCGUUACGAUUUCGCACCUGUUAGCCUUCGUCGAACAGGCUGAGCAAUCGGCACUCAAUAUCGCGAACCAACAGGGCAUCACUGCGUUACGGGACAAUCCUGAGUUGAUGGGGACUACCCUCGACAUGGUGAGGCGUGCGUCAACAACACUCAAAGUGUUAGCAUGUGUCCCUGAUAAUCGGGCGCUGUUUGUGCAACAACAACAGCGCUUGCUGACACUUGUGAUGUCGCAAAUUCUCGACCAGAGCGUGGCCGGCAAUAUUGCCGAUGUGCUUUACCAGGUGGCCCAGUGCAAGACCCCACCACCUCCUGCCUUCGAGCCGAGACACAAGAGCCCAAACCCAGAGAACAGAAAGGAGGACGCCACGGACGACGCCAAGGACGCAAAAGAAACAGAGGGCGACGUAGAGGCUGUUGAGAGUGAGAAAGAGACGAAAACAAAUGGUGAGCAGAAUGAUGAGGCUAAACAAGCUAAGGACAAAGACAACGUCAAGGAGAACGGUCGCGCCGACUCUGCUGAAAGCGACUCCCGGCCCGAUGAGUCGAUGGACACUACGUCAGAAAACGGUGAAGUCGCAACGAGUCCAGAUAGCGUGGCUCAACUCAAGGAUGCAUUGGCCACGUCGAACAACAACAGUACUUCUAUCCAAAAAGGGCUCAAAGAGGAGACCAGUAGCAGCAACAGCAGCAGUUCGAACAAUUUCAACUCGGGCGUGACGACACCAGUGACCACAACCACCACAGCGUCAUCACCAGCAACAUCAGCGUCUGCCGGGCUAUCCGUACCAGCUUCAGCGUCAUCAACAACACCAUCGGCAACUACGACCAACAACUCAACAUCAUCAACUUCGUCAUCAUCAUCGGCAGCAACGACGACUACGACUACGACGACGACGACGACGACAACGACGACGACGACGACGACGAUGACGACGACGACGAUGACGACGACGACGACGACGACGACGACAACGACAACAACAACAACAACCGGCAGUAAAGAACCCAUUCAACCAGCAACUGCGGCCGUUGCUUAAUUUAUUCGUCUACAUAAUCUAUAAUAAUUAUUGCCUAGACAUACAGUUAGAUAAAUUGUAAUAUCAUAAAUCUUGUUCUUUUACUAGCUCGUUGAGCAUAGCUACAAAUACAGUCUACAUUGCGGCUAUUUACUAUUACUGCGACAACCGGAAAUGAUUUGAAAUGUGAUUAAUGCGACGACGAUGAUGAGCGUCCAUACUAAAUGGGUUUGUAUUAGAAGUUGUUCGAUGUUUGUGUUAGGCGACGCGGCUGCUGCUGCUGCGCUUGCUGCUGCUAAUAAUGAUGAUUAUAAACGACGAAUCGUGAUGAUGGGUCUAGGCCGCAUUCUGUCAGUAGCCAACUAGCCUUCCCCCUUCCUUUCCUCUUUCUCUGGGGCAUGGCGGUAGUAGGUUGCGCGAUGAGUUGGGGGCAAUAGUAGUUUCGGAUAAAAGUCGAUCGAAGUCGAGACAGAAGAAGUGAUGUCGCUGACGGAGGAGACGAUGAUGUGGAUAAUGGUGACUUCGUUGCAGACCACAAAAGCGCUACAGCGGAGAAGAGACGAUUAAAUGGUAUUUACUACUGUGUAUUAUUAAAUAACGAAGAAAAAGAUGGCGGGCAGACGGAGGGCGAUCUAGUCAUCAUGACGCACGGCGCGCGUGUAUAUGAUGACCGUCCAUUGCCCCCAUUUUAAGUCACGUGACAUAUUUAGGUGACUCUGUACACAUUCAUACCGACGAUAAAGCUGGCACAAAUGCUGGGGUACUGCAAUGGCAGAAAAUUUAAAAAUGAGAAUGAAACAUGAUAUGAUAUAAUGAUUAUAACAAUAACGGUAAAAAGAAAACGAAGAUAUAUAUAUAUAUAUAUAUAUAUAUAUACAUACACACACACUCUGUGUUCCACGUGUUACUCAGGUUUGGCUGCUUGCUAGGUAAUUACAGAACUGGUGUAUGUAUGUGGGUGUGUGUGGAUUGCGAAGGGACAGAUGGCCACUUGUGCGCGGAUCGAAGUGGCCUGUUAGGUAGAUAGACGGCGAAGAUGAAAGAUAGCCGGAUAAAAGGGGCCCACAUGGCGAUAGCUUGUCAUUGAACGGUCCGAAAGCAUUGCAUGCAGGAGUGGUAGUAGUUGAUUUGGUUUGUGUAUAUGAGAACUAGUUUGGGUGCGCUUGUUUGUGCAUGUGUGUGUAGAAAGGGACGAACUGUGCGUACGUUGACGUACUGAAAACUGCGAUUAAGCUGGCGGCAUCGGAUGCAGGUCUUUAGUCUGUUGGAUAUAUUCCAUGUAGAUUAUUAGUGGGACGAACUACUAAAUAUAUAUAUAUAUAUAUAUAUAUAUAUAACUAACCGUGUCGGCAAUGACACAUACUAUUAUCAUUGUAAGGAUAAUUAUGUAUGAUGAUAAUAUAAUGCGUAUUGCGAAUUACGAUAGCGAGACGCCGAUGCUCUUUGUGACCUGUUCAGAGAGUGAUCCAGAUAUAAACCGAAGUAAAGCGGUCGCUUUACUCUGUCAUAGGAACGGUUAGGCUAGUAAGUUGGGCUAAGACCUGUUGAUAACGCAGCCAGCAAUGACCACGCCGAAGCCGGGGGGCCUCGGUGUAUUUAGGUCAGUUCAAUAUUGUAGACAAAGCAGCGACUUCAGACUUCUUUCGCACCUUCUCAACUUCCACACACAGUCACAUUUGCUGACAUUCACUAAAUAUUAGAAUUAAAAUGAGGAUGAUAAUGCUGAUGUGUUUACCUAUAACGACACUCGUUGACGGAGUAUAAUGGUUAAGGUAUCUCUGUGAGCUUCUUAACGAUAGCGGAGGGCUAAUUUUGAUGGGGUCUGCAUGCGAGUUCGCUGCCCAGGUCUUAGGGGGGUCCGGGCGUUGAAUUGUGCGGCAGGCGACCCAGUUUCUAAUUAUAGCUAUAACGGUAGAGACAAAAACGUGUAGAAAUUUGGAGACGAGAUUGAACGAAACACAAUAAGCAUUAGACAGAAACAAAAGAUCAUGUACGGACAAUGUCUAUUAUGAAAGAUUCAGUAAACAUACCCAUUGUCUUAAUAUUAUGAGAAUAUUGAUAACAAUUAUAAAAACAAAUUCUUAUUAUAGCUAUUAUUAUAUACAUGUACUCAAUGAUGACGACACGUAUAGAAUAUGAUAAUGAUAUAAAUGAUAAUAAUGAUGGCGCGAUAAUAAGCUAUUACAAUGAGUCUUCUGGGAAAAGCUGUGUCUCAUUACAAUUAUUAAUAGCCUUUUCAAUGUCGUGUGAUCACAAUGAUAAAGAAGAUUUGGUAGCGGUGAACCGAACGGAGAUGCGUUUUUCGCUUACAGAAACCCCCUCUGCGCGGCUCGCAAUUACUGGACUGAACAGUGGAGCCAGCGAGCAAGAGAACGGCAAGGAACCGAAACAGAGAGGGCGCCACUGUAUCAGACAGCGACUGUGUCAGCAAGGCUUGAGAGAGCAGGUUAACGAACGAUUCGAAGAAAUUCCAGUACGUCUGGAACUAACAUGUAACAAAGAAAGUUGAUCAUGAAAGACACGAUUAUACACGAUAAUAACAAUAAUUAUUAUACACACACACACACACACACACACACACACACACUAGGAAACGAGGUAGUUCGGAGAUGGGAUAAAUUCGUGGGUAUAAUAAACACAGUGACACAGAGGAAGAAAUACAGAGACAGUAUGCUAAUUAUAUAUAUAUAUAUAUAUAUAUAUAUAUAUAUAUAUAUAUAUAUAUAUAUAACAAUAACAGUAAUGCGGAUCGAAAGAUGGACUAUAGAAGAUGAAGGUAAUUUUCAGAGAAGAUUGCUUAGUAUAUAAAUAAUGUGUAUAGUAUUUUACUUUUGCUAUUAAACCUCUUCUGGCAGUAGGUAGCUGUGUAAUGUCUCUGUAAUGUGUGUGUCUGCGUCCGCGUAAUGUUAAAAAAUGAAACGAAAACGGAAAGGAAAACAGAAAUAGGUCAAAAUCAAUACACAUUAAAUAACAACAGCAGCAGCAGCAGCGAAAACGAGAAAAAGUCGACGGUGUCCUGCGGCUUUAUGGUUUGUGAAUAGUACGAUGAUGGAUCACAAUGAAUCGCGGAUUGAUGAUUUGUGAACAGACGGGAGGGAACGGGUGGGGGGUGGACGGUGGGAAGAAACGUUUGUGGAUAUUAAUCGAUGAACGACGGUAACAAGACGACUGUUGUUGAUCGAGCGUCGUGGAUGGCACAAGGCUUAAUUAUUAGUUUAGAUUGGUGGAUUUUGAUUAUCAAUCGAUUCAUUGACGGUUUAUUAAUCUACGAAUCAGUUCCGGAGGCGAAAAUGUGUCUGUGUAUCUAUUGUAAUCGUGACAUCGCUGAGGGUAACUGGCGCGAGUCGUCUGCCAGUAAAGGGUCACUGGGGGUAGAUCGCGCGCUUAGGAGAGGAUGAAGCGAAUCUAGACUAAAAAAGAAAGGCAGUUGUCGGAUACCACAGCCGGCAGAGGAAAGAGACAAAGAGAUAUUUAAAUGAACUGAUCAUGAUAAUGUCGAUGAUGAUGAUAAUAAUAAUAAUGAUGAUAAUAAUAAUUAUAAUAAUAAUAUAGUGUAUCAGACAACGCAGACGGGGAGGCAGGGGGGCGAGAUAGAUGAACGGAAGGAUGCGGGUUGAAGGACGGAGCAGUGUAGCAAGUGAAUGAGUGGCUGGAAAUAGUGUAUAAGGCCAUUCGUGUAAGGUCAGAAGGCUCAUAACACACUUGAACAACAACAACAACAACAACAACAACAACAGCAACAACAACAACAACAACAAAAAC